GUCAGUGUCAGUGUAAAGGGACAUUACUGGGAAGUAAUGCGGGUAUUACUGCCCUUGAAUUUGACUAUGAUGAGGCGUAUAUACUUGGUGCUUCAAACGAUUAUGCUAGUAGAUUGUGGUCUUUAUCUGAUCAAAGGUUAAGACAUACGUUGACGGGUCACAGUGGGAAAGUUUUAACUGCCAAAUUUUUAGGUGAUUCAUCAAAAGUGGUAACUGGAAGCCAUGACAGAACUUUAAAAAUCUGGGACCUACAUACUAGAGCAUGUUCAAAAACAAUAUUUGCUGGAUCAAGUUGCAAUGAUUUAGUGACAUUACAUGCAAGUAGCAUAAUCAGCGGCCAUUUUGAUAAGCGUGUAAGGUUUUGGGACCCUCGUGUAGACUCCACCAUCAAUGAGAUUUCAUUACAUGGACGUAUUACAUCAUUAGCUUUAUCACCAGAUAAGGCAUCAUUGUUGGCAUGUACAAGGGAAGACACAUUAAAGGUGAUAGAUCUACGUAUGAACCAAGUUUCCUAUACAUUAGUAGCUGAAAAUUUCAAAGUGGCAUUUGACUAUUCACGAGCAGUAUUUAGCCCUGAUGGUAGCUAUGCCAUGGCAGGAUCCUCUGAUGGUACUCUAUAUGUUUGGAACAUACAGAAAGGCAAGGUUGAACGAAUGCUAAAAGAACAUACGCAUGCAAUCAUGGCUUGUUCUUGGCAUCCAUCAGGAUCGGUUAUCCUCAGUUCAGAAAAACAGAAGAAGGUUAUCCUGUGGUCUGAUAUUUAAUUGCGACUGAAAAAAACAUUUCAGAUUUUAUGUGUUCAAUUCCAUGGAUGUUUUUAUGUGUGAAAAUAUUCAUUUCAUAAACACACUGUUAAAAAUUGUAGAGUUACAAUGUUGCAUUUUUUGUCAAAAUGUCUAAGCAUAGAAAUCCCUGAUUUUAAUUGAGGUAUAACUCCAAACAAAAAUAAUUAUACCAGCUAAGUGUAAGAGAUGUCAGGAUGUCUGUAUUAAGCUGUUUGCUAGUUACCUAAAAUAGUAUCAUGUCAGAAGUCCUCAAAUUAUCAAAAAGUUGUCUGUGUAAACCUACUAAUUUACAACAUUUCAACAUUUUGGGAGAUUAUAGGUAAAACAGUAGAGAUUGUAGGUAAAACAGUAGAGAUUAUAGGUAAAACAGUAGAGAUUGUAGGUAAAACAGUAGAGAUUAUAGGUAAAACAGUAUUAACAGUUUCUAAAUGCUUAAAUUUUUCUUGAAAUGGAACCAGAAGUAUUUCUAUUGACUGUAAAUAGUUGUGCACCCAGACAUGUUCUACUUUUAUUGCUACUCAUGAACUUACUGAGAUAUGUUAAAGGGAGGUAAUUAACAUUCUUGAAGGAAGGAAGUACAUUUAAACAUAUUAACAAGCAAUUUAUUCAGUAUGAAUUUACUGUCACUUAAAAUUCAGUGAUAAGUAUUGGUAAGAAAAUGAUUGCUUGCCAUUUUAAAAUUCAGUCAUGAUCAUGUGUUGUGGUUGUUUUUUACAUGGCAAGAGUGUUAUAAUGGCCCUAAGUCACCCAACUGCAAAUAUAUAUUGUUGUAGCGUGAGCUGAACUUUUUUGACAAGGUACAUGUAACUAUCUGUCAUUUGUUGUAUUUUCACAAGUUAUAGCAGUCACCUUUUUUUAUCCAUUCUUGAUGAAGUUCAAACAUGCCUUUUUUAAAAGCUGACCAUUUAAAUAAAAAAAAAUUCCCCAAGAGUAUGUACUAGGGCUCAGCAAUUUUGUUCCUUUCUGCCUUUGGGGAUUCUGGCAGGAUGGUUUCUUCAGUGAUUCAUUUUGUUUAGUAACAUUUGCUGGUAAUGCAUGUUUGUGUCUUUACUAUUUUAGGAUACUUCUAAUAUCUUUUACCUUUUUCUUGUAAAUUUCUCCUAUAUAUACAGUACAUCUUUUUUCAUUUUCCUUUAAAUACAAUAUACAUGUAUUAGGGAAGUCUUAUAGUGCACAAUCUUGAGUAGGUAUCAAACAACAAUAAUUCUUGUAGAUCAGACUGUCAUUCCUGUAUAUCAGACUGAUGUUUCUGUUAGUUUUACACAGGCUGGAUAAUUUAUCUGACAUGGGAGAUUCCAUAUGAGUUGCAGGCUCUAAUGUCAUGUUAGUGCAUUUUAUGAAUGAACACAUUCUGGCUAUGAUGGUCAUUUGACUGUUAUGAUAGAUAAAAAUGAAGCUGUAAAUUUUUAUGCUACUUUAUUAAAAGAUGAUUGAAAUUAAUUUUAAGAUAAUUGACAUUAAUUUAAUUUUAAAAAAAAAUUAAUUCACUGAGGUAAGAAAUGUGAAAUAUGGUAGAAUAUUCAAUAAAAAUAUUUCACAUGUUGUUUGUGGUUCAGAUCAGAAUGUCCGUCAAAAGCAUCACUUCACAUAGUAUUACCCCCAUGACAGAUUGUUCAAACCUCAACUUAUGACUUAAAUUAUCAAUAAUGGAUUAUUUCAUGUUUAACAUUAGAAUAAAGGAAUGAUUACAUGUUGCUAGAUCAUAGAAGUAUAAAUCUGUGUAAAUUUAAUAAAUAUUGUAUUUUAGGCAUGUUGAUUAUCUGUUUAUAUAAUGACAGUAUAUAUAAGGUUUUUGAGAACGAGGGUCAGAUGAUGUGAUGAUUUUAUAUAAGAUUAUUUUCUUUGACUUGAAUUUUUUGUUGCCAGUUUUUGAGCACACCAUAUUUCAGCACACAGAGGCUUAAUUUAAAUCAGUGACAAUGUGAGCAUGAAUAGCAACUGACAUGUCGCCGGUACAGUUAUACCAGCUUGAUUCAUGUCUGGCUGGAUUUUAAAGUGACAUUAUCAAUUCUGAAUAAAUAAUGUAACUUAUUGACCAAUAAUUGGAAGUGAAAAAUGUUAAGAAUAAAAUAUAAAAACUACCGAAGUUUUAAAAAAAAGGCUACCCGACUCUUUUUAAAAAUUGAACAUAACCAAUAAAUUCUGAAUGCUAUUAUUAGAUUUUUUUCGUGGGUCAAAUGGAUUUUUAUUUCUAUUAUUUUUGGAUAGUAAAAUAUAGAAUUGAACCCAAUUAUGGCAAAAUGUAAAGUAAUUAUGACAUUUAUCAUUGUACUCAACAAUUUGCACUUUGAUGGGCAUAAUGUCACACUUUAUAUUGUUGGAUUUUGAUUUUAAUACUUUUAAAUUGUUGGAUGCUAGAUAUUGAAAAAUUUAAAUACUACAAUGGACUGUCUCAAAUACAAUGCAUGCUAAAUGUAUAAUUCAUGUUUAUGUCAUGUAUGUUGCUCACAAUGUUUAGUAUUUAUUACAUACAAUCAGUUCUCUAUUACAUUUUUUUAAUCAUGAAAUUAUUGUCAGCAGAUUAAUUUAUUAUAGUCUCAAUUUAACUUAAUGAAAUAUUUUUUUAAUUAGAAAACGCCAGAAAUAUCACAGUACUCUUUGAGUUAUUUAAAAACCACUAUUGUGUUUUUAUUAAAACAUGAAAUGGAUAAUUUUACAAAAGAAAAACAUCAAGUAGCCUAACAAAAAAAAACCGUAUAAAAACAGUAAGUUAAACUUAAGUUUGUUAUUCUGUUUUUUCUUUUCCUUGAAGUUCUACACAAGUGUCAGUACUGCCCUCUGUGUUAGCUAGUAGUACAGUGGGGAAUGCUAUUAGGGUGAAAGAAUGAACUGUGACAACUUUGUAUGCCUAAUACCUUCAUUGAACCAUCAUUUCUGUUACAGAUAUUUUUGUUGAACUAUUUUGUAUGUUAUUGGAAUAUAUACAAGCAUAUUACAUAAAAUUUUUAUCAUUUGUUUGGCCUAUAAUUUUUAUGCCCCCACAAUGUGGGAGCAUAUAGCGUUGCACUUGUCCGUCCGUCCGUCAAUCCGUCAGUCCGUCCGUCAGUCCGUCCGUCCGUACGUCCCGAAAUCUUGUGAACGCAACUCCUCUUAAACCGGAUGGCAGAUUUUGCUUAAACUUACAGGGAUGAACAACCCUAAUGUGUAGAUGGUAGUAAAGGAAGGAAUUUUUGCUGCGACCAAAUUUAACAGAAUUAUGGCCCUUUGUUGAUUUUUUCACUAGAUACUAAGUAGAAAUUUUGUGAACGCAACUCCUCUUAAACUGGAUGGCAGAUUUUGCUUAAACUUACAGGGAUGAACAACCUUCAGGUGUAGAUGGUAGUAAAGGAAGGAAUUUUUGCUGCGACCAAAUUUAACAGAAUUAUGGCCCUUUGUUGAUUUUUUCACUAUAUACUAUGUAGAAAUUUUGUGAACGCAACUCCUCUUAAACUGGAUGGCAGAUUUUGCUUAAACUUACAGGGAUGAACAACCUUCAGGUGUAGAUGGUAGUAAAGGAAGGAAUUUUUGCUGCGACCAAAUUUUACAGAUUUAUGGCCCUUUGUUGAUUUUUUCACUAUAAUUGUACUAUGUAGAAAUUUUGUGAAUGCAACUCCUCUUAAACCGGAUAGCAGAUUUUGCUUAAACUUCCAGGAAUGAACAACCUUAAUGUGUAGAUGGUAAUAAAGAAAGGAAUUUUUGCUGCAACCAAAUUUAACAGAAUUAUGGCCCUUUUUUUAUUUUUUCAUUAUAUACUAUGUUGAAAUUUUGUGAAUGCAACUCCUCUUAAACCUGAUGGCAGGUUUUGCUUAAACUUCCAGGGAUUAACAACCUUAAUGUGUAGAUGGUAGUAAAGGAAGGAAUUUUUGCUGCGACCAAAUUUAACAGAAUUAUGGCCCUUUGUUGAUUUUUAGUUUUCAACUUGUGGCACAUGUAGUCCAAAAAAUAUUUGACCUAGAGUCAUAAGAUUGACAGAACAGUGGCGUGUGGGGGCAUCCGUGUCCUAUGGACACAUUUCUAGUUUACACUUAUAUUUACCCCUUUAUUCUGUGCAUGCAAUUUGUAUGAAUUGAUAAUUUUGUAGAUUAUAAAUUCCGCAGAAAUUUUUGUUUGUUCUUUGAACUUAGUGAACUAAGUAGGUUACAGGUUAUUUAGUGAUAUAGUAAACCCAACAUGUCAGGUCAGUAUAUUAUUUGUACAAUCAUGGUAAAUUUUGAUGCAUGUUACUAGGAUAUUUGUUUAUUUUCCUUUUAUUAUACAGAAUUUAACCUUGCUGAUGGAUGAGAAAAUUUUUUAUACAUGAUUUACUCAAAUGAAAUGUGAAAAAUAAUAUUUAGAGCUUCAUAUGAAACUAUUGUUUAUUGUAAAGAACUGUUGUAAAAUUUAUAUAUUCAAUUUAUAAAAAUUUUCACACCAAGUUCUUUACUUUGGAAAUUCGUAUCAAUUUUUGAGUGUAUUGUUUAAGAAAUAGAUAUCAAUUUUUGAGUGUGCUGUUGUAGAAUAAUGCAGGUUAGAGUUCACAUGUGUAGAAAUAUAGUAGGCCCAAGUAAUUAAAUGCAAAGCAUUUGAACGAUAAACUGUGCAUAUACUACAACAAAAGAAAAGUUAAAUAUCUGUUACAUUCUAUCAUGCUUAUAAAAAGUUGAAUUGAUAAAAUAAUGUUGAACUACAUUGAACGGAGAAUUAUUUUCCUCGACGUCAUUUUGGUUUAUUGAUGUCAUAUCUGACAUCAUAUGGCGUUUAAGCAUUCCUUUUUUAUGCUGUGCAUAUUAUGUAUAAUAAUGCACUUGACUGGCCCAUUUCUGUAAUACUUGAAUAAUGUGAAGUGUAAUAGAAUUGAUAUUCUUGCAUUGUCUAUAUUGUUCAUUAUUUUAAUGUUCAGUUUAAAUAACUUAUUUCGUACCCCUUAAAGGAAUUAGGUGUAUAUUAUUUCUCUUCCUGUAGACUAUUUUUUUGCCACUUGUUUUCCCAAAGAAACCAAAUUUAUACCUUGUUGUAUAUUUCUUUCAUUGCUGUUUUUUUAUUUGCUGAAUUCUUUUAUUCUGUGAUAAUAGUAUAACAAAUUUAUUAUUCUUUAAUAAAAAGUGGAGUAAUGAG